AUGACGUCCAUUAUCAAGCUGACAGCCGUGUCAGGCGUCCAGGAGGAGUCUGCUCUGUGUUACCUGCUGCAGGUGGAUGAAUUCCGCUUUCUCCUGGACUGUGGCUGGGAUGAGAACUUCUCCAUGGACAUCAUCGAUGCCAUGAAACGAUACGUUCAUCAGGUUGAUGCUGUGUUACUAUCUCACCCGGACCCCAUUCACCUGGGAGCACUGCCAUAUGCUGUGGGCAAACUGGGCCUGAAUUGUACAAUUUAUGCCACAAUUCCUGUCUACAAGAUGGGACAAAUGUUUAUGUAUGAUCUGUAUCAGUCUCGAAACAACAGCGAAGAUUUCACAUUGUUCACCCUUGAUGAUGUGGAUUGUGCUUUUGAUAAAAUACAACAGUUGAAAUAUUCUCAGAUUGUUAAUUUGAAAGGCAAAGGACAUGGUCUUUCCAUCACUCCUCUUCCAGCUGGUCACAUGAUCGGAGGAACAAUUUGGAAGAUUGUAAAGGACGGAGAGGAGGAGGUUGUCUACGCUGUAGACUUCAACCACAAGAGAGAGAUUCACCUGAAUGGCUGUACAUUGGAGAGCAUAAGUCGUCCCUCUUUACUCAUCACAGAUUCUUUCAAUGCGACAUAUGUGCAGCCACGUCGCAAACAAAGGGAUGAGCAACUCCUAACUAAUGUAAUGGAGACCCUUCGUGGUGAUGGUAAUGUCCUCCUUGCUGUGGAUACAGCUGGUCGUGUGUUGGAGCUUGCUCAGCUCCUGGACCAGAUUUGGAGGACAAAGGAUGCUGGGCUUGGAGCUUACCCUCUUGCUCUGCUUAACAACGUCAGCUACAAUGUGGUGGAGUUCUCAAAGUCCCAGGUGGAGUGGAUGAGCGACAAGCUCAUGAGAUGCUUUGAGGACAAGAGAAACAACCCCUUCCAGUUCCGCCAUUUGACCCUAUGCCACAGUCUCGCAGACCUGGCCCGGGUGCCCAGCCCUAAGGUGGUGCUCUGCAGCCAGCCGGAUCUUGAGUCUGGCUUUUCUAGAGAACUCUUCAUCCAGUGGUGCCAAGACGCUAAAAACUCCAUCAUCCUCACAUACCGCACUACACCUGGAACCCUGGCCCGGUACCUCAUUGACAACCCAGGAGAGAAGAUGCUUGACCUGGAGGUGAGGAAGAGAGUGAAGCUUGAAGGAAAGGAAUUGGAGGAAUACCUGGAAAAAGAGAAAAUAAAGAAAGAAGCAGCAAAAAAACUUGAACAAGCAAAAGAAGUGGAUGUGGACUCCAGUGAUGAGAGCGAUAUGGAUGAUGAUUUGGAUCAACCAGCUGCAGUGAAAACCAAACACCAUGACCUGAUGAUGAAGGGCGAGGGCAGCCGUAAAGGCAGUUUCUUCAAACAAGCUAAAAAGUCCUAUCCGAUGUUUCCUUCACAUGAGGAAAGAAUCAAAUGGGACGAGUAUGGAGAGAUCAUCAGGCCUGAAGAGUUUCUGGUUCCUGAACUACAGGCUACAGAAGAGGAAAAAAGCAAACUGGAAUCUGGUUUGACCAAUGGUGAUGAGCCCAUGGACCAGGAUCUUUCUGUCGUCCCCACUAAGUGCAUCUCCAGUAUAGAAAACCUUGAAAUUAGAGCUCGGGUAACGUACAUAGACUAUGAAGGUCGCUCUGACGGCGACUCCAUAAAGAAGAUUAUUAAUCAAAUGAAGCCCAGACAGCUGGUCAUCGUUCAUGGGCCUCCGGAAGCCAGUUUGGACCUGGCCGAGUCCUGUAAGGCUUUCAGUAAGGACAUCAAAGUCUACACACCCAAACUGCAGGAGACGGUAGACGCCACCAGUGAGACGCACAUCUAUCAGGUACGGUUAAAAGACUCCUUGGUGAGCUCUUUGCAGUUCUGCAAGGCCAAAGACACAGAGCUGGCGUGGAUCGACGGCGUGCUGGACAUGCGGGUGGUGAAGGUGGACACGGGGGUGCUCCUAGAGGAAGGUAUGAAAGAGGCUGAGGCUGAGGACAGCGAGCUACCCAUGGACAUCCCUGACGAUCUUGGCACGGACCACAGCGCCACAGUGGCAGCAGCACAGCGCGCCAUGAAAAAUCUGUUUGGAGAGGAUGAAAAGGAGGUAUCUGAAGAGAGUGAUGUCAUUCCCACCCUGGAGCCACUGCCUACACACGAGAUUCCUGGGCAUCAGUCGGUGUUUAUCAACGAGCCUCGCCUGUCUGACUUCAAGCAGGUCCUGCUGAGAGAAGGCAUCCAGGCCGAGUUCGUGGGAGGAGUGCUGGUUUGUAACAACAUGGUGGCCGUCCGCAGGACGGAGGCCGGACGCAUUGGCCUGGAAGGCUGCCUUUGUGACGACUACUAUAAGAUCCGUGAGCUGCUGUAUCAGCAGUACGCUGUGGUAUAGCAGCAGCAGCAGCACAAGCACAACACAUCAUGGCCAUACAGAGACAGUCCUUUACAGGGCCUUUACCCAGAGGAGGACAGUGUUCUGCACUCGGGCUUCCCCUUCCCCAUGGGCGGCUCCAGCUGUUUCACUGCAAACCUUGUUGUAUAUUUUCCUUUUUAUAUCCUUUUUUUUUUUUUUUUUCAGAUACUUUUUUAGUUUCAUCAGUGUCUCACUCCUGUGCGUGACAAGCAGAUGCUUUCCUCAAAUCAUCUCUGUGGAAACAGACUCUACAACCCAGAUGUUUUCAUGCUCCACAUGCUGUACAGUCAUCAGUCAUCCUCAUGCACUGGAUGGACAAAGAGAUGCUUUUCACCUCCUGUCAUUAAAAAAAAAAAAAAAAAAAAAAAAAAAAACAACAACAACCAUUUUUCAAUUAUGCAUUGUUUCUAAUGGUAUGUCCUCAGUACCCAUAUUUAGAUCUGGACUAUCAUUAUUAUGAGUACUGACUAAAAUGUGAAGGUAACACUGUUUUCACAUUAAAUUUCACAUAUGCUACUGAAUGUGUAGCUCUUUUGUAAACAUUUCUACAUGUACAUUUUAUUUGUAAUUUUCUGUUACAAUACUUUGUACAAUACUUUAAGUUUUUGUAAGGCUGCUUAAGAUAUUAAAGCAGUUUAUUGUUGUACU